AUGGAUCCUGCCACUUUGGUGGAAGCCAUGGUGGAAGAAGUGGCCUGUCCCAUCUGCAUGACCUUCCUGAAGGAGCCUGUGAACAUUGACUGUGGUCACAGUUUCUGCCACAGCUGUCUCUCUGGACUCUGGAAGGCCCCAGGAGAAUCCCAGGACUGGAGUUACACCUGUCCAUUGUGUCGGGCUCCUGUUCACCCCAGGAACCUCCGGCCUAAUUGGCAGUUGGCCAAUGUUGUGGAAAAAAUCCGUCUGCUGGGGUUUCCCCCAGGAAUGGGACUGAAGACUGAUAUGUGUGAGCUCCACAAAGAAAGCCUUAAGUUGUUCUGCAAAGAGGAUAGCCUGAUAAUGUGUGAGGCCUGCAGCCAGUCCCAGGAACACAAGACCCACAGUAUUGUGCCCAUGGAGGAUGUCGCCUGGGAGUAUAAGUGGAAACUCCACGAGGCUCUGGAACAUCUGAGGAAAGAGCAAGAAGCUGCGUGGAAGCUGGAAGUUGGUGAAAGGAAAAGAACUGCCACGUGGAAGAUACAAGUAGAAACACGAAAGCAGAGUAUCAUUUGGGAGUUUGAGAAAUAUCAGCGAUUACUGAAGAAAAAACAGAUACCGAGUCAGCAGCUAGAGGUGGAAGCAGCCGCAGCUCUGGCCAGCCUAGUGCAGGAAGAGCAGGAAACAAUGAGGAAACUGGAGUUGAAUCAUGAUAAGCUAGUCCAGCAGAGCCGGGUCCUAUGGAGAAUGAUUGCAGAGCUGGAAGAACGGUUUCAGAGGCCUCUGCGGUGGAUGCUACAGGGUAUUCAGGAAAUCUUAAACAGGAGCAAGGCCUGGAUCCUCCAGCAGUCAGAACCGGUCUCCCUGGAGCUGAAGACAGAGUGUCGUGUACCAGGCCUUAGAGAGAUCCUGAAGACAUAUGCAGCUGAUGUUUACCUGGAUCCAGACACUGCUUACCCCCGCCUCAUUGUGUCCGAAGACAGAAAAAGUGUGUGCUAUGGAGACACCAAGCAGAACCUGCCUGACAAUCCUGAGAGAUUUUACCGCUACAAUAUUGUCCUGGGAAGCCAGUAUAUUUCCUCAGGCCAGCACUACUGGGAGGUGGAGGUGGGAAACCGUUCAGAAUGGGGCCUAGGACUGUGUAAAGAAGACGUAGACCGCAAGGAAGUGGUCUAUUUGUCUCCCCACUAUGGAUUCUGGGUGAUAAGACUGAGGAAGGGAGAUGAAUACAGAGCAGGCACUGAUGAAUACCCACUCCUGUCCAUAUCAGUACCUCCACGACGAGUGGGAGUCUUCUUAGAUUACGAAGCCCAUGAUAUCUCCUUCUAUAAUGUGACUGACAAUGGCUCCCACAUUUUCACUUUCCCCCACAAUCCUUUUCCAGGGCGCCUCCUGCCCUACUUCAGCCCUUGCUACAGCAUUGGCAUCAGUAACACUGCUCCUUUGACCAUUUGCUCUCUGGACACAGAGAACUAA